CUUCACUUCGCUCUGCCACAGUCCUUUAACACGUUUUUCGUUGAUCGUCGAUUUGUUGUUUGUGAUUUUUGUGGCAAACAUAGGUAUAAGAUGCCGCUUUGAACUCUAAAAUACAGUAGAUGGACGCAAAGGCACUAUUAUCAUGGACGGCUACUAUCUCGCAGUUUGGAAUGCUUCUCAGCGGAGCUCAAAUAUGUCUGCGCAUCCAAAGGCAAGGUAGCACUGGGGAUGUGGCAGUCUUACCUUUCUUAGCAACAUGUGCAAGUUCAAUCCUAUGGACAAAGUAUGGCCUUCUCACAAAAGACUUCCCCAUAACAGUCAUCAGUGCAGCUGGCAUAAUUUUUCAGAGUUUAUAUCUUCUAAUAUUUUAUCUUAAUUCCAGAGACAAGAAAACUCUCAAUCCUAAAUUAUUCUGGUCAUUCUGUCUUGUUUGUGGGGUUUUGUCCUAUAUCAAAUAUCAUGUAAUGGAUAAAGAAACUGCGGUGUUCCACCUUGGUUUGGUGUGUAGUGUGUUUUCUGUGGCUGUUUAUGGGUCUCCACUGGUCUCUCUGGCCACAGUUAUUAGGAAAAAGAGCACUGAAUGUCUGACGUUUUCCCUAUGCCUGGCUAAUUUCCUGGUUUCUCUGCAAUGGGCAAUGUAUGGUAAACUGGCACAAGAUAACUUCAUUACAGUUCCCAACAGUGUUGGAGCUUUACUAGGCUCUUUGCAGCUCUCUCUCUUUGUGUGCUACCCUUCAACCCCUCAAAGAACAGUUACAUACACACCAGGAUCGAAACCUAGCUCAUGGGAGGUCUAGAUUAUUCUAGAAAUUUCCAUAUCAAUAGUCCAAACGUACAAAGUACCUGGGCGAUUGUGGUGUGGCAAAGUAGCAUUGAAUUUAAACCUAGUAUUGUUGGAGGCUAAGAUAUGUCCACACAGAAAUGCACUCUGUAGAACAUGAUCGAAACAGUAUAAUAGAAUGAAUAUUACCCACUGUCCAUACUUAGUACCUGCAAUACGCCUCUAAGAUAUCUGCAUAUCUAAUGAUGAAAUAAAAUGAUGGUUGAAGGCUUUCAUAGAAAGUGCUCAAUACUCGAAAGUA